AACUGAAAUCAUAACCUAACAAUGCAAGCGAUGGCUGCAGGAUGAAGUUAUGAAGAUGAACUGCAGAAACGUGCAGUUGACUGCAGUCAAAACGUCAUGACCUUUUGAUGACAUGAUUUUUGUAAUGUUCAUGCUGUUGACAUGUUGGCGCAAGUCGGAGAAUUAUUAUCCCCAUAAUGCAACAUACUUUGAAAGGGCGACAAAAGUGAUCCGCUCGAACGUGCCCUCUUGGGGACAGGGCAGCACAAGUUAACAAUGCAGUGUGUGCAUGCUCGGUUGCUCGUUUGUUGACUGAGUGGCAUGACAAAAGAUGCAUUACCUCUCCCUGCUGUGGAGUUUGUGUAAUGAGUGAUCUGAUUCAAUCGCGGGUGUCCAGGAACCGACUAGUAGCGUAGAUGAUAUAUCUGGGAAAGCUCUAAUGAUAGCGAAACAAUAAACAUUUAGCCAUUCAUAGCUAGCUAUUUAGCUAUGACCAUUUACUAUAUUUGCUGAGAGUUAUGCUUGUGGUUGAAUGCAAUCUCUGUGUAUAUGCAUUUAGACAAUUUCUUCUGUUACACAGCUGUCAAUCGAAAACGUAUGCACUGGUUGCCAAGUCGUUUGGGCUGUCUUCUCAGUCAGUGGCUUUUUUGCUACCUCAAGUCCACACUAUAUGCAUGUCAAGUUUGUAUUCGUAGCUAAUGACAGUUUAUACAUUUCUUUCAGACAUUGAUUCUUCAGCCAGAUGACAAAAAUGGUCUGGUUGCCAGAUCCAAAUGUUAUGUAAAGAUGAGAGAUUGUGAUAAUGCAUUGAGGGACGCAGAGGCCUCUCUCUAUGAGGACAAAUCAUUCUUAAAGGGUUUGUAUCAGAAAGCGGAAGCUUUAUACACCAUGGGAGACUUUGAGUUUGACCUGGUGUUUUACCACAGGGGGCACAAACAGUGGCCAGAGCUGCAGGAAUUUAGACUGGGAAUCCAGAAGGCCCAAGAGGCUAUCGACAACUCUGUGGGCUGGAAGAAGGGACGGCCGAAGGGGCUGAUUCACCCCCUGAGAAGGGAGAUGAGGCAGCAGAACAAGAAGACGCCUAUGAGUGAGAAGACAGCCAAGCAGCUUCUGGGAGAGUCUACAGCGAUAAGGAGAAGCUACUGAAAGAUGAAGGUAGGGCAGCCAGAAAUAUUUUACUUAGCCUGUUUCUGUAUGUUCACUAUUUUGUCUUAGUUUCAGUACACAAUCAAUACACUGUCACACUUGGGAAGAUGCUCUUUUAUCACGUACCCUAUCUGGAGAAUUGGCCUCUACGUGUCCUUUGAUUCCCUUUACACAUUCAUUAUUAUCAGCAUGAAUUACAGAGCCCAGUGUGUGGUAAAGGGCAAAUAUUCCACUCAAGUCAUAAAUGGCCUCCAAACUUGGUGAAAGGUAAGAUGCGGGGAGGGGAGAGACUGCAGGACCUAUCUGGACACACGCACUGAUUUCUGGCGCCAGCAGAAGCCCAUCUAUGCGCGGGAGAGAGACCGCAAGCUCAUGCAGCAGAAGUGGAACAAGACCCGGCAGAACCCUCCCUCUGAUCCCACCCGUUUUGUACUCAAGAGCCUGGAAGAGAUUGAUGCUGAUAAGACAGAACAGACCCAAGGAUGAAUAUGGUAGUUUGAUGCUUAUCAAUACAUCCUGGUCAACGGUAAACUCUUAUUAGCAUGUAUUGGGGGCAUGAUCUUUGGUACAUCUUUCUCACUCAUCAUUAUUCACGAUUCAUUCAUAUCCUUAAUCAUGGUAGCAUUCAUAUUAAUGUAGACGUGUUCAGAAACAUUCUGUUCUUAUUUACAAUUAGUCACUCCAAAAUGACACAAUACAUUAUUUACCAUUCGUUUCUAUUGGGCACAACAUAACCAAAACAAACAGCAAAUGCAUCCAACAAGUUUGUAGAGUCACAAGCUUGGUGUCGUCAUUGCGUACUAGGAAUAUGGGACCAAAUACUACGCUUUUGACUCCAUUUAAUACACUAAGUGAAUUUGUCCAAAUACUUGACACCUUCAAACGAGGGGACUAGAUACAUAAAGUGCAUUCAUAUCUAAAAGGUAAAACAGAUAUGUAUGAAAAUAACCUCAAAUAAAAAGGUGACAUUCUGUACUGUCGGCUCAUAAAACAUUUGAUCUCAAGUCCAAAAUGCUGGAGUACAGAGCCAAAUUAAGAGUAUUAGCUUCACUAUCCAAAUAAACACGUAGGGGAGCGUAUGUGAUUUUUCUAACGUCCCACAUUUCAAAUCAAGUGCUUUUCACACACUGCAUCUUAUUGUUUUAACAGUGUUCUUUCGCUUUCUUUGUUGUCCAACAGCAAACUCCCAGACGCAAAGUCAAGGGCACUUGAUAAUGUCGGCCGGGUGUACGCCAGAAUAUGAAAGUUCCCACAGGCUAUUGAUGCGUCGGUGGAAACUCAAAGUAUAUGGCACAUCUGUGUUUUUAUGUUUGGGUUGUGUGAUGAAGCAAAUAGUUUAAUACAAAGGACUCCUAAUAUAUGUAUCCUAUUCACUGUUGUUUGUGUAUUUGC